UUCCGCCAAAAAGAGAAGGAGCGACCUCGUAAAGAUAAUUUCUUUAGCACUAGUGAAGAUUACGAGGGAAGUGAUGAAGGAGGUGAAAGGAAGAGGGGAAGAGGAAAAAUAUGCUUAAGUGUUUGA